AUGCCCAAGCAAACUUCCUCAACUCCUGCUUCCACUCCAGCAUUGAACAAACCGUCCUCUUCACGUGGUCAAAGAACUCUGUUGGGCUUCUUUCAAAAGACUCCUUCCAGCGGUUCUCCUGCUGCAUUGCCUCCUCGGUCGUCCAAUACCUCUCCGGUUCCCUCAAAAGGCCGCUCGAAGACUACCGGAGCACCAUCUGGGUCUUCUUUGACGCCUGCCCCCAGUAGUGAUGCUCUAGAAUUAGAAAAUGAGGACGACGACGGCGAUGACAACAACAACAACAACAGCAUCAACAAGGCAAGUUCGCCUCCUUCCAAAGGUCUGCCAUCGCCAGUAUCCGCUGACGAAAGGCAGACUGAUGGAAUGGAGGAGCUGACCGCUCGCGGAACGCCGUCACGGAGGGCAACAAAGAAGACCAUCAAUUACAUCGAGUCGGACAGUGAAGGCACUGACAAUGACGAUGUAUUCAAGCCUACGCCUGCGUCCCGGGCUCGACCUACCAAACGGAGAAGAGUCUUGGAUAGUGCGGAUGAAGAUGUCUAUGAGCAAGAGAAUGAAGACGGGCCAGAUGAUGAUCUCGAUGAUUUUAUCGCCCCUGACGACUCGGAAGACGAAAUACGUCGUCCUACGAAACGCAAACGCCCGUCUAAUCCAGUUUCACGCAAAUCUUCCUCUCAUUUCACACCGUCGGUUAAUGAAGCGGAUGUCGACGGAGACGUGGAUCUUCUUGAAUCCUCAACUGCUCGGCAAUGGACAUAUGAUCCUGAAAAUCCACAGCCUUUGCAAUCACGGUCUUCCAACAUUCCCUCUAAAACGCCAGGUGAUCAAGGAAAGAAAUCCAAGGCCCACAUGACCGAUCCAGAAGAACGACAUGCGUGGCUUGAAGAUAUCAGAGAUCUUGAUCGAAAUCCUCCAGGUCAUCCAGACUACGAUCCUCGUACGCUGUACAUUCCACCAAUGGCGUGGGCCAAGUUCUCCCCAUUUGAGAAACAGUACUGGGAAAUCAAACAAAAGUUCUGGGAUACUAUCGUGUUUUUUAAGAAGGGAAAGUUCUACGAACUCUAUGAAAACGAUGCAACUAUUGGCCAUCAGUUGUUUGAUUUGAAAUUGACGGAUCGUGUCAAUAUGCGUAUGGUGGGCGUUCCAGAGUCAAGUUUAGAAAUGUGGGCGAAUCAGUUCGUCGCCAAGGGAUACAAGAUUGCUCGCGUUGAUCAACAAGAGACCGCAUUGGGGAAGAAUAUGCGUGAGCGAGACGAAAAGUCAAGCGGCGCUGCUAGCAAAAAGAGCAAAGACGACAAGGUCAUCAAGAGAGAGCUUGCUUGCGUUCUGACUGCCGGCACUCUGGUCGACGGAACAAUGCUGCAGGAUGAUAUGUCUACUUAUUGCGUUGCUAUCAAAGAGUCCGAGAUCGAUGAUAUGCCGGCAUUUGGAGUAGCCUUUGUCGACACGGCCACUGGACAGUUCAACAUAUCUCAAUUCGUCGACGAUGCAGAAAUGACCAAAUUCGAAACUUUUGUCGCUCAGACAAGACCCCAGGAAAUUCUUCUUGAGAAGGGCGGGGUGAGUAUGAAGACUUUGAGAGUCCUCAAGAACAAUACUGGCCCCACAACCAUCUGGAAUUAUUUGAAACCAGGUAAAGAAUUCUGGGAGGGUCAUAUCACAGCCAAGGAGAUCGAGGCCAGCGAUUAUUUCCCCAUGGAUUGGCCCGAAGUCCUUCAACAGGCCAAAGAACAGGAUCUCCUGAUGUCCGCCCUCGGUGCCUUAAUUCAAUAUUUGAGAACUCUCAAGAUUGAGCGAGACUUGGUGACCAUGGGCAACUUUACUUGGUAUGAUCCGAUUCGCAAGGCCACCAGCCUUGUCCUCGACGGUCAGACCUUGAUCAAUCUGGAAGUUUUCUCAAAUUCCUACGAUGGAGGAAGUGAAGGGACUCUCUUUCAACUUCUCAACCGUUGCAUCACACCAUUUGGGAAACGCAUGUUCAAGCAAUGGGUAUGCCAUCCUCUAAUGGAUACCAAGAAGAUCAAUGCGCGUCUCGACGCUGUCGACUCUCUCAACGCCGACACCAAAGUUCGCGACCGUUUUACUUCGCAAAUGACCAAAAUGCCCGAUCUUGAAAGGUUGAUAUCUCGCGUCCAUGCCGGAACUUGCAGAGUUCAAGACUUUGUCAAAGUUCUGGAAGGCUUCGAACAAAUUGACCAUACCAUGUCACUGCUACGCGAUGGCGCCGGAAAUGCACAAGAAAGUGAGGGCGUCAUUGGCCAACUCAUUUCCGCCAUGCCAGAUCUUCAGCCUCGUCUCAAAUACUGGAUGAAUGCCUUCGAUCGCAACAAAGCCAAGGAGACAGGUGUCUUGGUCCCCGAACGGGGUAUCGACGAAGAUUUUGACGACUCGCAGGACGCCAUUGAAGCCAUCCAAGAGGAGUUUAAUGUUCUUCUCCGCAAGUGGCGCAAAGAAUUUGGUUCCAGUGCCAUCUGCUAUCGCGACAAUGGCAAGGAAAUCAUGCAAUUGGAAGUUCCGAUCAAAGUCAAAAAUAUUCCGAAAAGUUGGGAUCAAAUGUCUGCUACGAAGCAAGUGAAGAGAUAUUACUUUCCCGAACUUCGCUCGCUGGUCCGCAAACUCCAAGAGGCACAGGAGACACAUUCACAAAUCGUCAAGGAAGUGGCAGGGCGAUUCUAUGCCCGGUUCGAUGAGAGUUACGAGGUCUGGCUCGCCAGCGUCAAAAUCAUUGCUCAACUUGACUGUUUGAUCUCUCUCGCCAAGGCAAGUUCCAGUCUAGGCUAUCCUAGCUGCCGACCCGAGUUCAUCGAAGAUGUCGAUUCGACUCGUUCGACACUGGAACUUAUUGAACUCCGCCACCCCUGCCUCCUGACCAAAGUGGACGAUUUCAUCCCCAAUGAUGUGAUUCUAGGUGGCUCAAAUGCCAACCUCACUCUGCUCACGGGUGCCAACGCAGCAGGCAAAUCUACGGUGCUACGAAUGACUUGUAUUGCUGUCAUUAUGGCACAAAUCGGCUGCCACCUCCCUUGCCAGUUUGCGCGCCUUACCCCGUUUGAUCGCAUCAUGUCUCGUCUCGGAGCUCAAGAUCACAUCUUCGCCGCUCAGUCGACAUUCUUCGUUGAACUGGCUGAGACGAAGAAAAUUCUCUCCGAAGCGACACCGCGCAGCUUGGUGAUCCUCGACGAGCUAGGCCGUGGGACGUCGUCACACGAUGGCGUCGCCGUCGCACAAGCAGUCCUGCACCAUCUUGCCUCCCACAUCGGCUGUCUGGGCUUCUUCGCUACACACUAUCACUCUCUGUCCGCUGAGUUCAGGGGCCAUCCUGAAAUUGCGCCACGCCGCAUGAAGAUUCUUGUCGACGACGAGCAACGUCGCGUCACUUUCUUGUACAAGCUCGAACCGGGCGUCGCGGAGGGUAGUUUUGGCAUGCACUGCGCCAGUAUGUGUGGCAUCUCGGCAGGAGUUGUCGAUCGUGCAGAGCACGCAGCUAGGGAAUGGGAAUUCACGAGUUUGAUGGCGACUAAGUUGAAAGGCAGAACAAACCAGGACGAUGACAAUGUGAAGGGAAAAGAACUCCCACUCGGCAUUCUGAGUGAUUUGGCUUGGAUCAUCGACGAGAAUAAAAGCUCUCAGGUCGGUGACCGUGCUCUCAACGCGCUGGUCCGAUGUAUUGAAACUUUGUGA